AUGUCGAAAUUAGAUGGAAUUCGUAAUCCAGAACUGAGGGCGCAUAAACUUGUUAGUGUGAUAAAUAAAGUUCUCCUACUCCACAAUGGUCCAAUCCUCAAAUUUUCCCUCACUUUUCCUGCUGUUGACAAUACUGAGUAUGGUUUCAGUAAAGAAAUAAUUCACGAAUAUAUCGAUCAAUGGAUUCCAUUGUUUGCAAGGAAGGGUAUCAAGCAGCUCACUCUGGAUGAAUCUUCUAAACUUGAAGACUUUAGGAGACACAAUCUCUCUUCUCUAGACCUCACUCAUUUGACACUUUUGAGGGUUUGGUUUCCCUAUACACCUACAUUGGGAAAAUUUACUUGCCUGACUAAUCUCGAGCUAGUUGAUGCUACUUCUAAUUUUGGAAAAAGCAUCUUCCAUUGCCCUGUGCUUGAGAAGUUGACCUUGAUAAUUUGCGAAGGACUCUUCCCUAACAACUUUUGCGCACCUAAUCUAAAACGUUUAGUUCAAAUAUAUCGAGAAAUAACUUCAGAAUAUUCUCUAGUUGGGUUAAAAAAUCUUUCAGAAUAUUCUUUCAUGCUGGCAGGACACCCAGUCACGCAGGCAAAAACAUCCAAUGUGGCCAAGGUUCUCGGUGGGGUUCAUAAAAUUAAGAGGGUCUCUCUGGCAAAGUAUUCUCUAAAGUACUUGGCUGCAGGAGGUUCUCCGUGUAGACUUUCUAAGCCACUGUCUUACCUAGAGACUCUAAAUAUCUUUGAUAUGAAUUUCUUUGAUCUAUCGGAGAUUUCUUGUUUGCUUUGUUUGAUUCGGAGUGCUCCAAACUUGUGCAAACUCCAUAUUGAGGCCGACUCAUUUCCCGAAAAGAAAGACAGUGAAGAGGAUCUCAAAAAUUAUUGUAUAGAUGAUUCCGAGGAUUGUACUAUAAAUCAUCUUGAAAUUGUCACGUUUUCUAAAUUCCAUCAUUUAAGAGCCGAGGUGGAGCUAGUACGAUUUCUACUAGGCCAUUCCCCAUCGCUAAAAAUAAUGUCCAUCAACGGUUAUGAAAGGAUAAAUAGAUAUGAUGAAUCAACAGUUGCCGAUGACAUGCUGCAACAUUCCAGAGAUUCAUCAAGAGCAAAACUCAGACGCUUGGAUUGCCCUGAUGUGUACGAUGAAUUUGAUGGUGAUCUUUAUUGGGAAGAUAUGGACAUACCUGUUUAG